CGCGCAGGGCGGGGCCUCGGCCACCGUGCGCCGGAGCCUGUGGCGUCAAUGCGCCAGCCGUGUCCAUGGAGAGAGGCUGAGGUGGCCGAGCUCCGGCCCAGGUACCGGGUCGCCGGGACGGCGAAGAUGUCCGCUUCGUUAGUCCGGGCCACUGUCCGGGCUGUGAGCAAGAGGAAGCUGCAGCCCACCCGGGCCGCCCUCACCCUGACACCUUCAGCAGUAAACAAGAUAAAACAACUUCUUAAAGAUAAGCCUGAACACGUAGGUGUGAAAGUUGGUGUCCGAACCAGGGGUUGUAAUGGCCUUUCCUACACUCUAGAAUAUACAAAGACAAAAGGAGACUCUGAUGAAGAAGUUGUUCAAGAUGGAGUCAGAGUGUUCAUCGAGAAGAAAGCACAGCUAACACUUUUAGGAACAGAAAUGGACUAUGUUGAAGACAAAUUAUCCAGCGAGUUUGUGUUCAAUAACCCAAACAUCAAAGGGACAUGUGGCUGUGGAGAAAGCUUUAACAUCUGACUCCUCAGGACUGCUCGGGCCGUUGGCCCCAGGAGAGCUGCGGAUGCUCUGGGGCUUAUUGGAGAAAUCAUGUGACUGUCACGUGCUUAAGGUUUGUAACGUAUGACUGCCUUACAAGGAAAAUAAAGUGAUGCAUUUUGAAGACGAAGCCAGUGUGUUAGAUUCCAGAAAGCUGGGUAUUUGUGUUCUUUUUAGGGGACAGAAAACAAAAUGCUUCGGGGGUGUUUUUUAAGUCCUCCCCUCAAGUCAUUCUUUCUGCAUCCUUUCUGUUAGAAGCAGCUGCAUGACAGUUGCCUUUCUGGGAAGAUUUCAGGAAACAUUCGUCACAGGUGUGCAUUGGUAGUUCUUUUGAGCAGCUUGAAUGUAUAUAUCCCCAAAUGGAUGGCUCUCGAAAUUCAGCGGCAGGAAGUCUUGACCGCUGGUGUGAUGUGAUGGAGCGUGUUUUUCUACUGAAGUGGGCACGGAGUUUCUACUUUUUUAUCCAAAAUUUCAUUGUCAAAUGCCUCCUUUGCAUCACCCUGUAGCAUCCCCAGCCGUUACAUUAAAUCGGACAGAGAGUUCCUUGAACUAUAGUAUAGAAUCCUUCUGAGUGAUGGGAUCAGAAGGUAAAUACUUUCAACCCCCUGUUUUUAAAUCCAUUUCUUUUGCUACCCUGCUCAGACAUGGGGUCUCAGGCUGACUUAGAGCCUUUUUGUUAGAAAGUUUCUUAAAAGCCAUCUGCCCCCCCCCCCAGUACUAUACUUAUUUAGUUCUAUGCCCAGGGAAGCUGAAGGGUUUUUGUCCCAGCCCCCUGGUACUGCAGGCGAGCUAGGGGCAGAGCCAGGACCACCCACAUCUCCCCCCUCUUGGUAGUGACAUGCCAGCUCUUCGUUCUGAGGUGGUCAGUGAAGGUAAACAGGUGAUUUGGCUUCUUUACCUCAUCAACACUUGGAUAAGAGUUCUUUGUAAUUUGGAGAACAUAGUUUUAUUUUAAGUGAGAAGAUUCUUAUUUUAAAACCUAUUUAGGAGUUCCCAUCAUGGCCCGCAGUGGAAAUGAAUGCGACAGGUACCAUGAGGUUGUGGGUUCAAUCCCUGGCCUCGCUCAGUGGCUCAGAUCCCGCAUUGCUGUGGCUGUGGUGUAAGCUGGCAUCUGUAGCUCUGCUUUGGCCUCUAGCCUGGGAACCUCCAUAUGCCGCAGGUGGGGCCCUAAAGGGCAAAGAAAAAAAAUUUUUUUAAUUAAAAAAAUAAUAAGAAGAAAAAAACCACUUAUGUAGGAGUUCCUAUUGUGGCGCAGCAGAAAUAAAUCCAGCUAGGAACCAUGAGGUUGCAGGUUCGAUCCCUGGCCUUGCUUAGUGGGUGGGGAUCCGGCAUUGCCAGGAGCUGUGGUGUAGGUCACAGAAGCAGCUCGGAUCCUGUGUUGCUGUGGUAUAGGCCGGCACCUACAGCUCCAAUUGGACCCCCUAGCCUGGGAACCUGCAUAUGCCACAGGUGAGGCCCUAAAAAAAAAAAACAGAUAAAUAAAACCCAUUUAUGUGAAUUACCAUCUUGUUUCACUCAGAUCAGGGAACAGUAGUUUACCCUAGCAGGGAAGAAGACAUCGUAGCAACCCAGGAUUGUUCUCUUGGAAUGCAGUAGUAAUUGAGAAGCAGAAGAUGGGGUCUUUUCUUGUAAUCCCAAUAGGCAUACACUUUCGGGGUCCUAGUGCUAAAAUUUUUUAAGCCUAGUAUUUAAACCUAAGGUUUUCGUCACCAACUUUUCUUUAACAGUGUUCUUUUUAUCAAGUAGUUGAUUUUCCUGGGUUUGGUAUAUAUUAAGUGUUCUGUGAGAUGACAUACAUGCUUUUUUUGGAAUCCGAGUCUUACGAGUUGAAGCCGAGUUCCUUUCCGUUCACCGUAUUUACUGAAAUACUUGGCACAGAAAUCACCGAAACUUAGAGCAGUAGCUUUAUGUAACUGUUUCAUGAAUUUGUAUUGUUAAUAUAAUUGUCAACCCACUUAAGAUUUGUGCAAUAUUGUAUAUAUGUAGAGGUUGAGUUGUCAUUAAAACAAACAAAAAAGCC